GUUAGCUCUCACCUCCUGUUUCUUUUAAGAUCUGCUACUUCUUCUUCUUCUUCUUCUUCAGAGAGAGAGAGAGAGAGAGAGAAAGACAGAGAGAGAUUUUUUCGGAGCGGGUUAAGUAACACGGGUCGUGGGGGUCCUAAUGGAGGGAAAAUCUGAUACGGGUGAUGGUGUGAAAUCGCCGCUGUUGGGGAGCGGUGGACGCAGUCGGCGACUGAGUCGUAGGAACUCAUAUAACUCACUCAGAAACGACUUCGUUUCCAGGCUCCCUGACAAUGUUCGAGCUGGCCUCGACCCCGAGUCGCCUGAAGGCAUCGACUACUCUCGAACCACAGGCUUAAACCGAGGGGAGAAGGAAUAUUAUGAAACCCAAUUUGCAACACUUCAAUCCUUUGAGGAGGUUGACUCUAUAGUGCAAGAAGACUGUAUCGACGAGGACGAUCUCGAGGAACGAGCACAACAUGAAAGAGCAAUGAAGAUUUCCAACUAUGCUAAUAUACUUCUCUUGGGACUUAAGAUCUAUGCUACUAUAAAGAGUGGGUCCAUAGCCAUUGCUGCAUCAACACUAGAUUCUUUACUAGAUCUCUUGGCUGGUGGCAUACUUUGGUUUACUCACCUGGCCAUGAAAAACAUCAAUAUCUAUAAAUAUCCUAUUGGGAAAUUGAGGGUUCAGCCUGUUGGCAUAAUCAUCUUUGCUGCUAUCAUGGCUACACUUGGGUUUCAAGUGUUGAUCCAGGCUGUCGAACAACUAGUUACAGAUGAUCCCACUGAAAAGAUGUCCUCGAGUCAAUUGGUGUGGCUGUAUGUAAUUAUGAUAUUUGCUACUGUGGUAAAACUUGCACUCUGGUUUUAUUGCAGGAGCUCAGGAAACAAGAUCGUUCGUGCCUACGCGAAGGAUCACUAUUUUGAUGUGGUGACGAAUGUAGUAGGAUUAGUUGCUGCUGUUCUUGCUAAUAGGUUCUACUGGUGGCUUGAUCCUGCUGGUGCUAUUCUCCUUGCUGUAUACACGAUUGUAAAUUGGUCUGGAACUGUUAUGGAAAAUGCAGUUUCCCUCGUGGGACAAUCAGCCCCUCCUGAAUUCCUACAAAAACUGACAUAUCUUGUCAUAAUGCACCCUGAAGUGAAGCGUAUUGACACAGUUCGUGCUUACACAUUUGGUGUUCUUUAUUUUGUGGAGGUUGACAUUGAACUCCCAGAGGAGAUACCCUUAAAAGAAGCACAUGCAAUUGGAGAAACCCUCCAGAUAAAGAUUGAGAAACUUCCCGAAGUUGAGCGAGCAUUUGUUCAUCUUGACUUUGAAUGCGAGCACAAACCAGAACAUUCUGUACUCGUCAAGCUUCCAAACACACAGCCCUGAUUUGACAGUAUCUCAGUAAACGGCCUUGUGGAAAACCUUUUAACUGUCUUCUGCAAAGGGCACUUCAAAGUGAGUGAGUAUAUUAGUUGGGAGGAUGAAAGGUUUCAAAAUCUGCAAUAAUCUAUUUACUUUUCAUACAAGUUAUAACAUAGAAGGAACUGAGACUGCGUGCCCUUUAAAUUUUGGCUCUUAUAUAUUAGGAAAGCAAAUCAAGUGAAUGGCUCUGUUUUUCUCUCUGUUCUUUUUCCAUGACUUGGACACAUUCCAAAUGCCCUCUCUUGAUCACUUUGAAUGCAUCUAAUUGCCCUUGUCACAUUCAUAUACACAAACAAAUGCAAGUCAGAUUUCUUC